UCAUGGGCACCUGGGCCUUCCCCGCAGCCCUUUUCCUGCUCUGCCUGACUUCUGAAAGCCUGCAAGGCGGGCUGCCUUCAUUGUCGUCUGGCCUAGGAAAAGGCUUAGGGAGCCCGAAUGGCUACAGACCAGGAUUUGGGGACAGGAAUGGCCUGGGAGUCCAGCCAGGCAUUGGAGGGGGGAUGAAACCCCACAAGCCAGGGUUUGGGAAUGGGAACGGGCAUGGAGCAGGGGCCUUCCCAGGUGCCGCAGCCCAACCAGGCUUUGGAGGGGGGGUGAAGCCCCAGAAGCCAGGAUAUGGAAAUGGACUGGGAGCGGGUGCCUUCCCAGGGCCGGGAGCCCAGCCAGGCCUGGGAGGGGGAAUGAAACCUCCGAAGCCCGGAUUCGGGAGCACAAAUGGUGUAGGAACCAGCACUUUUCCAGGGGCAGGAUCCCGGCCAGGCCUGGGAGGGGGGAUGAAACCUCAGAAGCCAGGCCCUGCCCCUCCACAUGGUGGCCAGGCACCAGGAAUCGGAGGGGGUGUGAAACCUCCGAAGCCAGGAUUUGGCAAUGGGAAUAAGAUGGGAGCCAAGGCCUUCCUGGGAGUCGAAGCCCAGCCAGGCUUGGGCGGAGGCCUGAAGCAGCAGCAACCAGGUGGCGCAGCACAGAAUGGCUUUGGACCAGGCUAUGGAGGGAAUGGAAAGCCCCAGAAGCCAGGAUUCGGGAACGGGGCCCUCCCGGGAGCAGGAGCCCAGCCAGGUCUCGGAGGACUGAAACCUCAGAAGCCAGGCCCUGCAGCUCAAAACGGCUAUGGACCAGCAGGCUUUGGAGUAGGUGCGAAACCCCAGAAGCCAGGCCCUGCAGCUCAGAAUGGCUAUGGACCAGGCUUUGGAGCGGGUAUGAAACCCCAGAAGCCAGGAUAUGGUAAUGGAAAUGGACUGGGAGCCCCAGCAGGCCCUGCAGCUCAGAAUGGCUAUGGACCAGGCUUUGGAGCGGGUAUGAAACCCCAGAAGCCAGGCAUUGGUGAGGGCAUGAAGCCUCAGAAGCCAGGCCUAGCAGGGGGCAUGAGCCCUCCAAAGCCAGGAUACACACCAGGAAACGGGCUCCCGCCUGGUCUGGAAGGGGGCGUGAAACCUCAGAAGCCAGGAUAUGGCAGCAGAAACGGGCUGGGGGCCCAGGCAGGUCCCUGCAUUGGGCUUCCCACUCCAGGAGGCCCUUCUGACAAAGCAGGCAGCUGGGGCUCCAAAGCCCAGCCCCCCGCCCCAGCGCAGAACGGCAAGUUCCCAGCACCGACGCCAGCCAUCCAGUGGGGACUGAAGCCUCAGAAAGCAGGGUACCACCCUUCAAACGGCUACGGACCAGGAGCAGAACUGGGCUUUGGUGAUGGCCUCAAACCUCAGAAAGUUGGUUUUAGUUACGGGAAUGGUGGUCUGGGAGCCGGGGUCUUCACUGAGGCCCUCCUGCAGCCAGGGUUCCCUGGGGCCAAUGGCUUUAGAAACGGGUAUGGCGAGGAAGCGCUGGUGUACCCCAAAGCCGCAGCUCCAGCCUCUGAAGGAAAUGGUCAGACUGAGGCUUUGAGGGGCUCUCCUUGGCCCUCCCUCCAGCCUUGGGGGGCUGCCUGGAAGCCUGGAUAUGGGGCCGGUGGUGCAUAUCCAGGGGUCGAAAGCCAGCCAGGGCCCUAUGAGCAGCUGAGGCCAGAGCUGGACCCCAGACCCUUUGGAGGCCCUGAGGUGAAGCGAGGCAGCAGUGGCCCGCUGGAAAAUGGCUAUGGAGGCCACUGCCCUUUUGGGAAAUGCUGAGCCCCUGAGCUGAUCCACUGUCAUCCUGAGAGCCCGGUCUGCUUGGCAAGGACGGCCAGACCCUUGGGCUUGGUCUCUGGCCUGGGGUCGCCUGCGGGCUGGAAGUAUUAAUAAAGGCGAUGUGCUUC